AUGCCUAACACGAAGGGAGAUGCCAUGCGAGGUUUAGCCGUUUUUAUCUCUGAUAUCCGAAACUGUAAAAGUAAAGAAAGCGAAAUACGCCGCGUCAAUAAAGAACUCGCAAAUAUUAGAUCAAAAUUUAGGGGUGAUAAAACACUUGAUGGUUAUCAGAAAAAGAAAUAUGUCUGCAAAUUGCUCUUCAUAUUUCUAUUGGGGCACGAUAUUGAUUUCGGACACACUGAGGCAGUCAAUCUGCUUUGCUCAAACCGAUAUACAGAAAAGCAAAUAGGAUAUUUAUUCAUAUCUGUACUCAUCAAUGAAUCACACCCACUCAUGAAUUUGGUUAUUUCACGUCUUAAGGAUGACCUGAAUAGCCGGAAUCCUGUGUUUAUGAAUCUUGCAUUGCAAUGCAUCGCCAAUAUAGGGAGUCGUGAAAUGGCUGAAAAUUUUGCAGACAAGAUCCCUAAAUUACUUGUAUCAGGUGAUACAAUUGACUCCAUCAAACAAAAUGCUGCUCUUUGUCUUCUGAAGUUGAUUAGGGUUGCUCCUGAACUGAUUACGUAUGAUGAUUGGACUGUUAGGGCGAUGCAUCUACUUAAUGAUCAACAUUUGGGUGUUGUGACAUCGGCCGUUAGUCUGAUCGAUGCUUUGGUGAAAAGAAGUCCAGAAGAACACAAAGGAUGUGUAUCUCUUGCUGUUUCACGCCUUAGCAGAUUAAUAACAUCUUCUUAUACUGACCUACAAGAUUAUACCUACUACUUUGUUACUGCUCCGUGGUUAUCUGUCAAGUUACUACGUCUACUUCAGAACUACCCACAACCAGAGGAUACUACGGUUCGUGCUAGACUUGCUGAGUGCCUCGAUACUAUUUUGAAGAAAGUUCAAGAAGCUCCAAAAUCAAAGAAAGUACAACAUCCAAAUGCUAAAAAUGCUGUUCUUUUUGAAGCUAUCAAUCUUAUAAUCCAUAUGGAUUCUGAUCCCAAAUUGCUUGUCCGUGCUUGUAAUCAGUUAGGACAGUUCCUACAACACAAGGAGACCAAUCUACGUUACUUAGCUCUUGAAUCAUUAUGCUUGUUGGCUACGAGUGAAUUCAGUCACGAGGCAGUCAAGAAACAUCAGGAAACUAUUGUAAAUGCACUUAAAAGUGAACGGGAUGUUUCAGUUCGUCAAAGAGCUGUGGAUCUCUUAUAUGCUAUGUGUGAUCGAACUAAUGCUCAAGCUAUUGUAGGGGAGAUGCUCAGCUAUUUGGAAGUAGCGGAUUAUGCUAUCCGUGAGGAGAUGGUUUUAAAGGUUGCUAUCUUGGCGGAAAAAUACGCAACUGACUAUUCUUGGUAUGUGGAUACUAUACUGAACUUAAUAAGAGUUGCUGGUGAUUAUGUUAGUGAUGAAGUUUGGCAUCGUGUCAUCCAGAUUGUUAUAAAUCGUGAAGACGUACAAGGAUAUGCAGCAAAGACAGUGUUUGAGGCGCUUCAAGCUCCUGCAUGUCAUGAAAAUAUGGUUAAAGUUGGAGGAUAUAUUUUGGGUGAAUUUGGCAAUCUGAUUGCAGGGGACCCAAGAUCAGCACCUAAAGUACAAUUCAAUUUAUUGCAUAGUAAAUUUCAUUUAUGUACUCCAACUACACGUCAACUAUUAUUGUCCACGUAUAUGAAGUUUAUCAAUUUGUUUCCAGAAAUUAAGUCCGAUAUACAGUCUGUACUACAAAAUGACAGUAAUUUACGCAGUUCCAAUGUAGAAAUACAGCAACGAGCUACUGAAUAUUUAGCGCUGUCGCGAAUCGCCACUGAUGACGUAUUGGCUACUGUUCUAGAAGAAAUGCCACCUUUCCCAGAGCGUCAUUCCAGUAUUUUAGCUAAACUUAAGGCUAAAAAUCCUAAUACUGAUGGUACAAUAUCAAAAUCGGAAGCUGUUGGGGAAAGUUAUGCUUUGAAUUCAACCAAAAUCGAUCAUGAUAAUAAUCACGAUGUUAAUCGUGAAGCAGAUUUACUCAAUUUCGGCAAUCCUGGUACUGUAUACAAUGAGGUCCAGUCAAAACCAAACGGAUCAUCUAGUCUAUUAGUUGAUAUAAUGGGUAAUGGUUUGGCUUCUCCAGAUAUGAACAAUUUACUUCAUGCCAGUGGUGAUCAAUACAUAAAUCAUAAAGAAUUCACAAACUUUUUGACAAGGCAUAAUGCAAUAUUAUAUGAGAAUUCUCUUAUUCGUAUUGGUAUUCGAAUGGAAUCUUGUGGUCAGUUUUGUCGUUUAGGUGUAUUCUAUGGGAACAAAUCUCCUCAUCCAUUCACAGUGUUUUGUUCUCAAGUCACUUGUCCAGAUGCAAUGGAUGUGAACGAAUUGGCUAAAGCUAUUUCCAUUGAACUUCAACCUGGUCCUGAUCGAAUUGAAGCAGGGACACAAGUUCAACAAACACUAAAUGUUGAAUGUUUACGUCCUUUUACUGAAAUAGUAAAACUUGAUGUUUCUUACUUAUGUGAAGACUCGAAACAACGUUAUGCUCUUAUGCUUCCAGUAACAUUAAAUAAAUUCCUUCAACCUGCAGAGAUGGAUCAAGCAACAUUUUUCUCUCGGUGGAAAUUAUUGUCUCAACCUGGACGAGAAUGUCAAAAAAUUAAUCCUCCACUGUUCUCAUUAGAAACAUCUUUCCUAAGAACUACUACUAAAAACUUUGGAUUCGGUUUAUUGGAUGGAAUUGAUCCUAAUCCAAAUAAUGUUGUUGGUGCAGGUAUUGUUGUAACUAGUAGUCAACAAGUCGGUGUACUACUUCGAUUGGAACCAAAUACACAAAUAAAGAUGUAUUGCCUUACUAUUCGCAGUACAAGAGAAAUCGUCUCAUCUCAUUUAGCCAAACUCAUUGAACAAUUGAUCUAA